AUGUGCUUUCCGAGCUGACCCAUUGGAUACUUAUGUUGCGAUUGGUUUAUUGGAUAACUAUGUUGCGAUUGGUUUUCUUUACAGUUAACACGUUUAUUCAGCCCGUGUAAUGAAGUAGUAGGUGUUGGUGAACCGUGGAUAUUUGUCAGCUAGCUAUCCAGCUAAUGCAGUCGUUAGCAUUCACGACCUUAGAUAGGUGUUAUUUCUUUGCUUACGAUCAAACAUGAAUACUUUGCGAAAUGUAAAAAGUAUUUGUCUUGAUAAGUGUUCGUCUCCUGCUCAAGUCGUGACAUAGAUAGAUAUGAGGACGAGCCCGGCUGGUUGUAGGGAAGUUUACCUUACUUGUUGAUUCGAGGACAUUGCGAACGGUAACUUUUGUAGUCUAAGCUGUCUCGCUGUUAUAUUACAGCCGGGUUGCUGUAAGCAGGAGUUACUUUUUUUCCAUCCUAGCAAAUAUUUUUGCAAGAUAUUUGAUGUUCAGCACCAUCGCUAGCUAGAUUGUGGAGUUAGCUAAGAAAAUGGAACAUAAUGUAGUUCUUAUUUGGAAAAUUUGGUGUUUGGCAUUAAACCACCCAAACGCCGUCACAAUUAAAUGACUGACAUCGUUUUUACUAGCCCCCACUUUGCUGGCCAAAAAGACAGAUGCAUGCCUCUUUGGAUUUAUUGGGUUAACGAGAUUAUGCUGCAUCAAUCUUGUUGCAUCAAAGACGCAAUAUUUUGCAAUCUUCCCCGACUAGUUUCUUUGUGACAACUGCUUUGGUAUAGCCUACCGAUUAUAACAUGCAAGAAUGAUCUUUUCUGUAUUUGUAUAUUUUUCGAGUACAUUAUUUUUCCGCUAAUGUAGAAUUUGCCCGGCACUUGGCCAAAGAUGUUGAAGGUAGAAGUGAGUUAGUGCUUGCAAAGUGCUUCCCACGAGCGCGUGGGUGCUGAUGGCCCGGGGUUUGAACACAGCCGGUUGAAAAGAGCUGCAGUCACCCGCGGUUUCGUUUUUAUAUAAAGGACUUGCAUGCCAAAUCACACGGAAAAAUUUUGUUUUCGUUGGGGAGCUAAGCGUUCCUACUCAGUGGGGUUGUCUUUGAUUUUAACGACGUUAAACGUCACUCUCACCUGCAUCGGCUGAUGAUUAGAACCUUAACGUAGAGCUGGAGAUGUAAGCUGUAUAAAGGAAAAUGACCUGUAUUUUUGCCAAACUCUCGUUUUCAAACGUUUCAACGCUAGUGAGACGGUGCAAACACUCAUGACCUGACCGCGGGCUGACGCUGUCCGUCUGUUCCCGGGGAAAGGAGUGGUGGGGUGUCGCAGAUGAUCUCAUCACUGGCAAAGGCCUGCUUCUGGCUUCCAUGCAGAGAGGGAUGAAUGAGACCAAUCCGGGGGGGGGUGUAAACUAACCCAAAGUCGUACACGUCGGCACCAAAGUGUGCCGUGGAUCGAACUUGGCGCCGGGAGUUUGAUCGUAAGAAACUGAAGGAUACAGCCGCUAGCACAGGCUGUCACGUUGUCUUAGAGGGGUGAGGACGUUGCUCUGUGUGUGGGGUCACAGCCAGGUUUAGCACAAGGGCCAAAGGUACAGGAUGGGGUUUCAAGAACUGGGACGACAUUCCCGUAAUGGGGCAGUGGAGCUAGCAGUGGCUUGGCAGUCGCUGGCACCAGUGCAGCAUGGUUGGUAGGGUUUUGCCACUCGUAAUGGCGAUCGGAAUCUAUUUUCAUGAGCGUGUGGGCUGCUUGAGCCGUCAGGUUUUUAAUAUUGGAGCGCAGUGACGCAGGGAGUCCUCCCUCUUAACCUCAAAUUCUGGCAGCUCCCGGUGUUCUGCUGGACUUUUGCUCUCGCCUCUGACCUGCGACUCGGAUUCCUCCAGCGAGCAUGAGAGCUCUUUCCUCUCGUCUGGUCUCCGUCUCUUCUGGAUCAUCUGUGGGCAGAACACGGCAAGGGUUGCGCCAGUCGGCCAAUGUUUUGGCCAGCCGUUCGGCGUACGACCGGGACAACAAAGUGCGAGUAGCCAUCAAGAAGAUCAGCCCGUUUGAGCACCAGACCUACUGCCAGCGCACACUCCGCGAGAUCAAGAUCCUUCUCCGCUUCAAACAUGAGAACAUCAUUGGCAUCAACGACAUCAUCCGCACCCCAUCCAUCGACCAGAUGAAAGACGUAUACAUCGUACAGGACCUGAUGGAGACCGACCUGUAUAAGCUGCUGAAGACGCAGCACCUGAGCAACGACCACAUCUGCUACUUCCUGUAUCAGAUCCUGCGCGGGCUGAAGUACAUCCACUCAGCCAACGUCCUGCACAGAGAUUUGAAGCCCUCCAACCUGCUGCUCAACACCACUUGCGACCUAAAGAUCUGUGAUUUUGGGCUCGCCCGUGUAGCUGACCCAGACCACGACCACACUGGGUUCCUCACAGAGUAUGUAGCCACACGCUGGUACCGCGCACCGGAGAUCAUGCUCAACUCAAAGGGUUAUACCAAGUCCAUUGACAUCUGGUCAGUUGGCUGCAUUUUGGCAGAGAUGUUAUCAAACAGACCCAUCUUUCCUGGGAAACACUACCUGGACCAACUCAAUCACAUUUUAGGUAUCCUUGGCUCUCCCUCUCAGGAAGACCUAAACUGCAUCAUUAACAUCAAAGCCAGGAACUACCUGCUGUCCCUACCACUGCGCUGCAAAGUGCCCUGGAACCGCCUCUUCCCCAAUGCUGACCCUAAAGCCUUGGACCUGCUGGACAAGAUGUUGACCUUUAACCCCCAUAAGAGGAUUGAAGUGGAGGAAGCCCUGGCUCACCCAUACCUGGAGCAGUACUAUGAUCCCACUGAUGAGCCUGUUGCAGAAGCUCCGUUCAAGUUCGAUAUGGAGCUGGAUGACUUGCCCAAAGAGACUUUGAAGGAGCUCAUCUUUGAAGAAACGGCACGCUUCCAACCAGGCUACAGACCAUAACCUUCUGCAGGUGUUGCGCUGGAUUUGAUUGUGCUGGCACUUCUGUCCUCUCAGUCAUCAUCAUCAUCAUCGUCCAUUUCUACUUGCUGAACCCAAGACAAAAACUACAGUCACCAGAAUCCUUGUUUCUUCGAUCCAAAACAACCACCUCUGUGUGUGCCUCCUUUCUGCGGCUUGGCCAGGUGCUUGUGGAGUUGGCGCUCACAAUGAGCUCUCCCUGCUGGUCAUGCUUUUGUCUUAAGCUUUAGUAACAGUCUGUGACGGUGUAAACGCUCUCCUCCUCCUAUUCUAGCUUCUUGUUAGUCGUACUCUUACAAAUCUGCCUUUUUCUGUCAAGCGUCUGUAAAGCCAUUUUCUGAGUGCCCCUGAGGCUCAGGCCUCUGCUGCUGUCCCACGUAUGCAGUGGACACACGUUUAUCCACAGGGUGCGACUCUCGAUCCGCCACGGUGCCACUCACAGGCUUUUAAUGAACUUUUCCACGUUCCUCUUGAAUACUUAAAUACUAAAAUACCUUUCCCCCUACUCCAAUCAAUUAGUCUUGUGUUUAGCGUAAUGUAACAGGUUCCUGCAUGAUGCAUGGUUCUAGCUGUCUCCAGGCUAUGGAAAGAUAACAGGUACAGCAGUGACUAGCAUUGAGUUCUCAGAAGGAUUAAAUUAGUACGUUAGUCUCCCAAACCCCUCGAUCAUGUUCUAGAUUGGUGUCCAGUUGAAAACAAAUUUCUUGAGCUCAAGCGCCAAAGAAAUGACUCCUCUUGAGGUCAUUUUGACACCGUGGACAAAUGUGUACUAUAUUUGUCCAUAUUGUUGGUAGAAGCUGGCCCAUGCGGCGGGGUUGAGGCAGGGCAUUACCUUAGCUGGUGUUGGUCAGGGAGGGGUGGGUUUACCAGUGGAUGUGAGCUCUGAGUUGAGCGUUUCUGGUGGGGGGGGAGCAGAUGGGAGAGGGUAUAGAAUUUUCUGAGGGUAAUGUGUGGCUAUCUCUCGCCACAAAACAUUAUUACUGAAACACUUAAUGACCUAAAAAAUCCAGUGCCUCCUCAUCUGUGCUCUCCUUUUCUUUUCUGGUAUAUUUCACACUCUUGCUUUCCCUUCUUCCAAACUCUUCCCUGUCCCUCCUGCCUUUUGUCAAUAAGACUGUCCUUGCAUGACUGUUAAAGCUUUCUAUACAAAGAAAAGGAAGUGCCACACUUAUGGGAAUUCCGCAAAGGAACUCUCAGGUUUUUGUUAUAUCCUACUUUACAUGGUCCUACAUUUCCUAUGUAGUGUUGCUUUUCUUCUUUUUUUGCUAUGAUUUAUUUCUGUUUUCAGUCCACUUGUAUAUUUUGGGUGUGCGUUUUUCCAUGCUAGGUUCUUUUUACUCACACAGCAAGCUAUUUUGGCGAUUAGAUUUCUAUGAGAGAAACUCAGCCCUAAGAAUCAUGAUGUCGGUUUCGAUUUUAGAAGAGCAAAGCUUGAGACUGGCAGCCUCUAGCCAUGUAGGCAUUCACUCCAGAAAAACAUGCCCCUCCUAUUUUACUAAACGCCAAACAGAGCUUUGCUUUCCUACCUGCUGUGGGCGAAUCGCAUGCUUGUGCCUAGAGACGGCAACAAACAGUUGAGGUCUAAAUAGGCUUUGGCUGUAAACGGAACAACAUGCAAAUAAAGAGUAAAAUAGCACUUAACUAUUGCAAAAUGGAGGAUGAGAAUCUGGCAGAUUGCAGCAGAAGAUUAGAUACAGUGGAAGUGAUGGGGAAGAAAUGAUGCUCGAGUUUCUCAGGCUUCAGCUAAGCACUCCUCCCUUGACAUGCUCAGUGGUUCACUGGCCUUUUACUGCUGUUGCCUAAUCAUGUAAUACAUGUGUGAUUCCAGCAUGGUGCCAUCCUGUGAUGGUUCAGCAGUGUCUGGUACUUUAGAGGAUGUUGGGCAUUUGAGCAGAGAAUGGGCCAUUUUGUUUUUUGGUUGGGUUUUUUUUUUUUUGUGUUGUUUUGUUUCUUCUUUUUCUGGGAAAAAUAAAUAAAUAAAACAGCAAAUCCCUGUAAAUUAGCUUCAGCCAAGUCUGUGUUCAGCCUGUCUGAUCUGUGUGCCUUUACUCAUGAAUAAACGGUUUAAUGUGCAGCUUUGUUUUGUUGGGGAUCAGUUGUGAUAUUUGCGGUAUAUUCUUAAAUACUUAUAUAUUUAAAAAAAGUACAAUAAAAACAACAAAAAUAUAUCUUAACUGUUUAUGUAAUUUUAAGUGCUCUUUGCCACAGCUUUGUUUUUUGUAAUUGUGGUUCAAUUAAGGAAGGUUUAAAUUUAAAAAAAAAAAAAAAAAAAAAAAAAAAGUUUUUAAUUUCAGCCUCUCGAGUUAACCCUGCCUGUUUUGCCUUCUUGAGUUUUGGGUUUUUUAGUGCACAACUUUUUUUUUUUUUUUUUUUUUUUUUUUUUCUUCCCUUUUUUUUAUGUAAAAUGAAAUGUCAGAAUUCUGGUGGUUAUUAAUCUUGUUAAUGAAAUGUUUCCAUGUAUUAAACUCCUCUGUAAGUAAUAUUCUAAUCAAUGCGAACAUUUUUGUUGUGAAUUUUGCUUACAGGUUUAACAACCCCACCCACCCCCGUCACUUGUGGGUUUUUUGGGUUUUUUUUUUUAAAGGGGAGGGGGUUUAUCAUUUGGGGAAAAUAUUAUAAUUGAAUAUUAAAGCAUUUGAAAUCUAUGUUGCACCUUGAAGACGUAGUAAUUAUUUCAGAGGUUGGUCUUUGCUGCUGAUGGACAGCUCUAUAUAUAAUUACUUUUGCAUCUGCCAAAUCAUAUAACCUAGACGCACCAGAAUAAACACUGUAUCCUA